CGCCUGCCGCCGGGGCUAAGUGGCCGCCGGCGUCCGGGUCCCCGAGGGGUCUCCCGCGUUGCUGGCACCGCUGGAGCCGGGGUCUCAUAGCGCAUGAGCCUCCUCCGAGGCGGGCUCCCAUGCGCUCGGGCCAUGGCGCGCCUGGGCGCUGUGCGCUCCCACUACUGCGCCCUGCUGCUGGCCGCGGCGCUGGCCGUCUGCGCCUUCUACUACCUCGGCUCAGGCCGGGAGACCUUCUCCAGCGCCACCAAGAGGCUGAAGGAGGCCCGCGCCGGGGCUCCCGCCGCGCCCUCGCCGCCCGCGCUGGAGCUGGCGCGGGGCUCCGUGGCGCCAGCCCCCGGCGCGAAGGCCAAGAGCUUGGAGGGCGGCGGGGCCGGGCCGGUGGACUACCACCUGCUGAUGAUGUUCACCAAGGCGGAGCACAAUGCCGCGCUGCAGGCCAAGGCCCGCGUCGCGCUGCGCUCACUGCUGCGCCUCGCCAAGUUCGAGGCGCAUGAGGUGCUUAACCUUCACUUCGUGAGCGAGGAGGCCAGCCGCGAGGUGGCCAAGGGCCUGCUGCGGGAGCUCCUGCCGCCCGCCGCUGGCUUCAAGUGCAAGGUCAUCUUCCAUGACGUUGCUGUGCUGACAGAUAAGCUCUUCCCCGUCGUGGAGGCCAUGCAGAAGCACUUCAGUGCUGGCUCGGGAACCUACUACAGUGACUCCAUCUUCUUCCUCUCGGUCGCCAUGCAUCAGAUCAUGCCCAAAGAGAUCCUGCGGAUCAUUCAGCUGGACCUAGACCUGAAGUUUAAGACCAACAUCCGGGAGUUGUUUGAGGAAUUUGACAGUUUCCUGCCAGGCACCAUCAUUGGCAUAGCCCAGGAGAUGCAGCCAGUUUACAGGCACACGUUCUGGCAGUUCCGCCAUGAGAACCCCCAGACCAGGGUUGGGGGCCCACCCCCUGAGGGGCUGCCGGGAUUCAACAGCGGGGUGAUGUUGCUGAGCCUGGAGGCCAUGCGCCAGUCCCCACUCUACAGCCGCCUGCUGGAGCCGGCGCAGGUGCAGCAGCUGGCUGACAAGUACCACUUCCGCGGCCACCUCGGGGACCAGGACUUCUUCACCAUGAUCGGCAUGGAGCACCCCAAACUCUUCCACGUGCUGGACUGUACCUGGAACCGGCAGCUGUGCACCUGGUGGAGGGACCAUGGCUACAGUGACGUCUUCGAGGCCUAUUUCCGGUGUGAGGGCCACGUCAAGAUCUACCACGGGAACUGCAACACUCCCAUCCCGGAGGACUAGGUGCACCCCCUGCCUUGCCCCCGGGGCCUCCAGAUCUGGGGGAAGGACAGGGCUCCUUGGGACAGAGCCAGGGGCAGUGUCUGACCCGCUAGAGAGACACCACAGGAACGUCCUGUGAUUAAGGUGCUGAGACCUCCUGCCGGGCAGGUCACUGUGCUGAGGCCACCCGCCGAGGACUGGCCUGUGCACUGCUGGUGCUUGGGACCUUAUUCCUCCAGGGAGCAGGCGACAUGAAGGACAUGCAUGGGCAUCUUCCAGCGGGCUGGGAAGCAAGCACUUGAAGAGAAGGAAGGGGAGAAAGGGUCCCCCUUGCUGUCUGCCUCUGAGGAAUGGAAAUCCUUUAGAUCCGGCCUUUUUUGGACCAAUAUAAAUUUAAUUUAAAUUGACAGGCUUCCAUUUUUCAAGAAAGUACAAACAGAACUGCUUUAGCACCCAUUGAGCCCCAAAUGGGUAAGGUAAGCCAAGGUUUUAAUGACCAGCCCAGUAUCUAAGUUUCCAAACGAACGCCAGCCCAUCGCAUACUCACCCUGGGAGGCUGUGCACACAUUCUCCUGACGCUCGCAUCAUUUGGUGUAGGUUUCAGGAUCACCUCUUUGAGGAAGGACUUCAGGACCAACUGGGGCCUGCAUAAGAAAACUUAUCUCAUUAUUAGAGCACUCACGGCUUGUAUCUCCCAGCUACAUCCCAGAACCCCAUUGUCCUUUAUUCAACCAAACCAGCUCCAGGUGACCACACUCUACUCAGAAAGCAAAUUCCUCAUCAAAGAACAGAGAUUGGCCACCACAAGGACAUGCAGGAGAACUGUCUGGAUCAGAAGGACUCAUUCCAAAAGGAGCCCAGGCCGGGCACAGUGGUCAAGCCUGUAAUCCCAACACUUUGGGAGACCGAGGUGGGAGGAUCAGUUGAGGCUCGGAGGUCGAGAUCAGCCUGGGAAACACAGUGAGGCCCCCAUCGCUACAAAACAUUUUAAAAAUUAGCCAGGUGGCUUGUGCUUGUUGUCCCAGCUACUUGGGAGGCUGAAGUGGGAGGGUGGCUUGAGUCCAGGAGUUCACUGCACUGAGCUGUGAUCACACCACUGCACUCCAGUCUGGACAACAGAGUGAGACGUCCAUCUCCAAAACAAAAAAAAACAAAAAACAAAACCAAAAAGGAACCCAGCAAUUCCCAAGUGUGACCAUGUGGGCUUAGAAGAGAUGUGACUUGUGGGCUAGUAAGCAUUCUAGUUUCUUUAAAAAAAUCCCCUUAUCAUACCACAUUAGACCGUAGACCUUAGCAGAAAUUAAAGCGUCAUUUCUUUUGAUGGGGCCUCCUAUACGUAGGCUGCAGACAUGAAAGCCCCAGGGGUGCAUUUGUAUCAUCUAGCUGAGGUCCUUGGAGAAAUGCUGUGGAAUUUUCAUCUUGCUUUGUUUCAAUUUCAUUUAUGUUUUUCUAUCUUUUUCCCAUAAGUGAGGAUAGCUAAUAAAUAAUCUUUGAGAACAUGGUGAUUCAUGUUUGUUCUCUGAUCACAGUUUUCAGCUGCAUGAAAGCUCUGAAUCAAGUGUGUAAUCAGUGCCAUUGAACUCCCCACCUCCUGUGAUGAAGGUGAGUGCUUACAGGGGAUCCUAAGGAUCAAGGAGAGGGCACAUCUGAGAGGGCAUCAGAGAGGGUAGUAUUGGCAUGUUUGGUUCAAAGCAAGGAAUCAUUGCAUUCUAGGUACUGGCAGGUCCACCUGCACCGGGGAGCAAAAGCAUCCCCAUUUCCUCUCAUCCCUCUUACCCCAGACUGCCCAGUUACAUCCUGCCCUGAAGAGGUGGAGCAGAUUUCUCUCCCAGCCCUCUGCUGUGACAGAAUUGGUCUGUUCUCUCACCUACUUGGUUUCCUAUUUAUAGGUAACAAUUAUUGAAUGCCUGCUGUGCACCAGCCAUUGUAUUGGGGGAUUUAUUAUGCUAUUGGUAAUAUUUAUGAAAACUUCGUGAAGGUCAGUAUGUCUAAAAUCGAUUGUAAGAAAAUGUGAGCGAUAUGGACAGAGUCAUAUACUAUAUGUUUAUCACAUUUUUUAUAGUAGAAGAAAAUUGGAAGCAACUUAAAAUGUGGAAGAGGGGCCAGGCGUGGUGGCUCACACAUGUAAUCCCAGCACUUUCGGAGGCUGAGGCCGGCAGAUCUCUUGAGCCCAGGAGUUCAAGACCAGCCUGGGCAACAUGGCAAGACCCAGUCUCUACAAAUAUACAAAAAUUAGCUGGACAUGGUGGUGCACGCCCAGCUAUUCAGGAGGCUGAGCUGGGAGGAUCACUUGAACCCAGGAGGCAGAGGCUGCAGUGAGCUGAGAUCACACCACUA